GGGGAGAGCGAGCGAGAGAGGGGGAGAGAGAGCAACAUAGAGAGAGAGUGUGUGUGCUGUUGGUCUAUGCUGUUUUGAGGGGUCAACACUCACAGCUGCAAAUUAUUGUUGUUCAAUGCUGCCCAGAGGGCACUGCCUCCCCUUUUGUGCGAUCAAGCGCGAAACAAGCACGCACAAGUAAGUCAACUGACGAUAAGUAGUAGUCUAACCGUCCAGCAACAGGUAGGGGACAUUUCUUCCGUAAUUUAACAUGGGUCGGAUACUUGCUCUACCAAUGUAAGCUAUUAUAAUAGGAUUUCGGGAAAGCGGCGGUCAGCGAGACAUAUCCGACAAGGCAGCGGCUUUAGUACGUUUUUUGUUGUUGUUUUUUUUCGCCCACCGCAUGCAGGCUCUGUUUUGUCCCACUUCAUUUAUCCACCAAGUCCGCAUUAGACGGAGACUAAAGCGUGUGUCCGUCCCAUUGAUGAGAAAACAAACCAGGCUACAAACAGCAUGUCGUCUCCAGACAACACAACCCAGAGGAAUGAAGUCCUGAAUAACAUACGGAGGUCCUCGAUGGUGGCGGGACAUGGGAGAAAACAGACUGAGUUUGAGAUGUCACAAGCCGCGUCAGCCUCUCAACCUGGGGCGCUUAUUUCUAACAACAGGUUUCUGUGUGACCCCGAGGGCAUCACCAUUCACACAACUGUCACUCGACCGUCGGUGUCUCACCUACCCGGGCUCAAUCUGAACCCCCGGAUGUCCGUAUACAGCACAAGUCGUCCAGUUAUCGUCAGCCGUGCUUACAUUCAAGGACGCGCUUAUAACUUUCUGGAAAGACCAUCUGGGUGGAAAUGCUUCGUGUAUCACUUCUCGGUGUUCCUCAUCGUGCUCGCCUGUCUUAUCCUCAGUGUGCUCUCUACAAUAGGGCAGUAUCAGGCUCUGGCACAUGGCACUCUCUUCUGGGUGGAGAUCGCGCUGGUGGUGUUAUUCGGUGUGGAGUAUGGUGUGCGGCUGUGGUCAGCAGGGUGCCGUAGUAAAUAUGUUGGCGUCUGGGGCCGGCUGCGCUUUGCCAGGAAGCCUAUCUCCAUCAUCGAUUUGAUUGUAGUGGUGGCCUCCAUUAUCGUGCUGGUAGUAGGCUCCAAUGGACAGGUGUUUGCCACAUCUGCUGUCAGAGGGAUUCGCUUCCUGCAGAUCCUGCGUAUGCUCCAUGUGGACCGGCAGGGAGGGACGUGGCGUCUGCUGGGCUCUGUGGUCUUCAUCCACAGACAGGAGCUCAUCACCACGCUGUACAUUGGUUUCCUGGGGCUCAUCUUCUCCUCCUACUUUGUGUACCUGGCAGAGAAGGAUGCUGUGGACAGCAAUGGAGCCAAUGAGUUUGAGAGCUACGCUGACGCCUUGUGGUGGGGGGUGGUGACCGUGACAACUAUAGGCUAUGGAGACAAGGUACCUCAGACGUGGAUCGGUAAAACCAUUGCAUCGUGUUUCUCGGUCUUUGCCAUCUCCUUCUUCGCCCUACCAGCUGGGAUCCUAGGUUCAGGCUUUGCCCUGAAGGUUCAACAGAAACAGAGGCAGAAGCACUUCAACAGACAGAUCCCUGCAGCUGCCAUUCUCAUCCAGACUUCUUGGAGGGUCUUUGCUGUGGAGAACCCUGACUCGGCCACCUUCAAAAUGUUUGUGAGGAGACCUGCUCUGCCCAGCUCCUCUGUAUCCAGUCCCAAGCCCAAGAAAACGGUGAAGCUGAGGAGGAAGUUGAAGAGCAGUGAGAAGGACGACGGGCCUGGUUCUCCCACUGUUCCCAGUAUCUCCUACGACUCUGUGUUCAAUAGUGGGAGGGAGCUCAGCUCUGACGUCUACAGCACUGUGUGUACAGCUGAAGCCCUAGGAUGUGAUACCCAGCAGUCCUGGACCUCUCUUUCCUCCCUUACAUUCAGCUCGCCACUCCCAGUGAAAAAGACCCCUGGUUUGUUGGAGGUGCAGCCCCCUCGUCCCCUCCAGAGGAACAGCAGCUUUGGGGACGAUCUGGACCAGGAGGACCAGUGUGUUCUGACCCCAGUCACCCACGUGUCACAGCUGCAGGAGACUCACAGAGCAGCUAUCCACGUGAUCCUACGGAUGCGCUACUUUGUCGCCAAGAAGAGAUUCCAGCAAGCACGUAAGCCCUAUGACGUGCGAGACGUGAUCGAGCAGUAUUCCCAAGGACACCUGAAUCUCAUGGUGCGCAUCAAGGAGCUACAGAGGAGACUGGACCAGUCUCUAGGGAAGCUGACCCUCUUCCAGACUAGCUCAGACAAAGCCAAAGACAAAGGCACCAACACCAUCGGCUCCAGACUCAACAGGAUGGAGGACAAGAUACAACGCAUGGACCAGACGCUCAACCAAAUCGCAGAGUCCCUUACCCAGCUGUUGUCUGGGACAAUCCAGGGGCAGGGGGACAUGGGGGGAGCACAGGGGCAAGGUAGGAGGAGGUCACAGGGUGGGGCAGGUGUCCCCAGCCAGGAUAGCCUACCCAGCUACGAGCAGCUCUCCACCGCAACCCUCCAUCCAUCCCUGCACCCCAGCCUCAGCCAGGACAAGAGCUCCUGAAUCGACCAUCCAUCCAUCCACCCCUCAACCCCAGUCUCAGCCAGGACAAGAGCUCCUGAAUCGACCAUCCAUCCAUCCAUCCACCCCUCAACCCCAGUCUCAGCCAGGACAAGAGCUCCUGAAUCGACCAUCCAUCCAUCCACCCCUCAACCCCAGUCUCAGCCAGGACAAGAGCUCCUGAAUCGACCAUCCAUCCACCCCUCAACCCCAGUCUCAGCCAGGACAAGAGCUCCUGAAUCGACCAUCCAUCCACCCCUCAACCCCAGCCUCAGCCAGGACAAGAGCUCCUGAAGCCAAGAAACACCAAAACCACUUUGGCGCUUUCUCUCUGUCUUAUUCUGAGAUCAGUGUUCUUCAUGAUAAUGAACCAGCUGUAUAGUGCUAGGGCAAAAACUAAACGUGCACUCAGUGGGGGCCCCAGGACCGAGUUUGGGAAACCCUGCCCUAGAAAAGAACUGUAUAGACAGGAGAUUUAGCAACUCUUGGAGGACAAUCGAAUUAAAUAAAAAAUAAAAAAUAAAUUGUUAAAAGUGGAACCAACACAUUUCAGCUUUUGGCCUUCUACUUUAAACAAAGAUAAUUGUAUUUAAUUCCAAUGUCCUCCCAAGAGUUGCUAUAUCUCCUCUCUGCUUCAGUUUGCUCCUCAAUUCAUGCACCUUGGUUGGAGAGCGAGGUAGCGGCAGUGCUCCCUUCCCUAGAACAGAACAGUGCCUUAGCCUACAGGACAAGCCAGCUAGAUACACAGACAGGACAUAUUUUUCAUAGAUCCUGGAUAUGAUUAUGUUUCUGAAUUCUCAUUUACUGCAAUUGUCAAUGUUCCGGGGGAACUUUUUUUGGAAAUGUGAGCAAGCGCCAUAUUCAAACUCUUUCCCCUCAAUCAAAAGGAAAUAAGAUUGAAGUGCAUAUAUACCAUUAUUCCAGCUGUGUAAGAGUAUUGGAAUGUUACAAUAUCAAAAAGUAAAGGUAGUAUUCAAUUUGAUUGAAAUAUGUUGAUAUGCAAAGCAAACACUUCAGUAUAAAGGUAGCUAUGUUUUGAUGGUGAAUAUGGAAUGAUGUCCAUACUAAAAGUAUUCAGUUAUAAUAACACAAUAUGUUUUCAAAAGUUCUCCAUGUAUGUACCGUCAAAACGUAAACUAAAGUGUUGGGGCCGGGGUGAGGGCUUUUAUGUAGAUUUUCAGUGCAAUCAAAUUGUGUAGCUAUCCUGUUUUUAUAAAGAUUUUGCAUUGCCAAUAAAUGAAUGUGGCAAAUAUCCAUAACUUUUUGGGGGGUGAUUGUCAAACAAUUCUGUUCAACCAUGGAUCUUGCAUUAAUAAUUAGUUAUAGAUUAUUACUUCCAAGUUAGGUCAUAUAAAUGUCCCAUUGGAAGCUGUAUGUGUGGAAGGUGCCUUAAAGGGCUAUAACAUCGAAGAUACAUUGUCCUGUCCCUUUAAAACCCACAACAUUAACCAUGCCCCCCCCCCCCCGGAGUAGACUCUAUUCCAUGAAGACCAAAGGGAGGGAAGAGUUAAUUGCACCUAGAUCCCCCUUCCCCUCUCAUGUCUUGGACCUUGGGGGAUGGUGGAUGGGAGGACCAGUGGCGUGGCUAAUACCAGAGCUUUGGACAGAUGACCUCAGCUGCAGCAGAUGGUGACCUCAUCCCGCUUGCCUUCCGGGGAUCCUUCCAUUCCUUCAGUAGUAGUAGGCACACAGAUAAAAGACCAGAUGACCAUCUGGGCCCUGCCUGCCUUCUGCCUGGGUGCUCAUGACAAUAGCACCCCCUCUCUAAGUGUAGUGUGUAAGUGUGGGGGUCUUUGUGGCAGUCAUUGUGGUGCUUUUGGAGGUGGGUGAGGGGAGAGGAGAGAGGUGUUGCUAUAGGGACACUGCUGGGUUCUAGUGCUUUGUAGAGGUCCGGUUGACUGGUCUUACUGGUCAUUGUGCGAGUGAGUCAGUGUGAUAAGACGGGCUUGGUAUUCUGGCCAACAAAGAGGGAAAUAACGGCUCAUGUGCUGCUCCACAAACACGUCCUUUAUCAUGCUGGUGAUCGUUACUAUGUUUCAGUGUUGGUCUAUGUUACAUUCAGAAUGGUCCUCAUAUUCUGGGUAGAGGCAAAUAAACCUCUAUGCUACUGCACUAACUGGCUUUGAACCAACUACAUGUCAAGAAACAUCAAGUAUCUUGUCUAGAGUAAGUCAGUCAUGUAGAGGGAAUGUGAUGUUUCUGCUAUUAACAUGUCCUAUAGUGAACCUAGACAGAAAAUUGUCCUGAAUGAAGUUCUGCUGAGGUCGUGAUAGAAAUCCAUCCAUGUUUGACUUCUUAGUAGGUCUAUUUAUUAAAUCUCACAACCAUUCCGUCCUAGCUUAAUAAAAUGGGCCGAGACAGUAUUAAUACAUAGAUGGUCUUUCAUCCUUUUGAUUCCAUUAUAAUGCCAACCGUUACAGUGCAGACCAAACUAUUGCCAAUAAAAGCCUGCUUGUCUA